CCUAAAGUUGCUGAAGGGGGAGAGCGACGAGCAACGCCUUGCUGGCCUCCUCCUCGUUACGAAAUUCUGCAGCAGGGACGACCACGCUUCCAUCCGCAGGGUCUACGAUGCCCUGGGCAUUCGAUUCAUAGAUCGUCUCUUGAGAACCGUUCAGGUCUCAAGAGAAGGAGAAAUCCUAUUUGCUUCAAGAAAUGAAUGUCUGAGAGAGAGCACAAUGCUGAACAAGUUGAAAGAAGAUAUAUUUUGCCCUAGUGCAGGGCUCAAUGAUGCUGACCCCAACAGAACUGCUUGACUUGAAAAAAAAGGAAAGUAAAUUUAAAAAUCUCUAGAAAAAUAUGUGUUCCUACCAUAGCACUCAAUGAAACAAUAAAAUACAGAGUAUAUGAGUCGAUACAACUAAUUUUUGACAAAAAAGGAACAUACUAUGCAAUAAUUUAGAUAAAAUGUUUGCAUACUGUUAAUGACCCUAAUACAAUUAAUAUAAUUUUCUGAGACGAAUUUGCAUAUAAAUUUAUAUACAUUUAUAUUUGUGUGAGUUUUAUUUAUUUAGUUGUCGUCAAGAUUAGAUGGAUUGUGUGCUUCAGCUUUAUAUGAUAUUCUUUUUUUUCAGAAGCUGUAUUGGCAGCCAUGUUUAGUUAUUGGGAGCGUUCAACUUUUAAAUCGGUUCUAAUCACGUGCUGGAUGUUUUUUUUUUGGUAGGUAUGGGAAAAGGAAGCGUGGGUAUGAGUGGAGGUGACAAUUGUGAUGCCUAUCGACAGUUAUCGGUUACAGUUGUUGCUGCAUUUUGUCGAGUUCCCGAGAUAGCUUCAUCUGAAGAUAUGGUAUCAAAGAUUCCUCUCAUCGUGGAGAUUAUGUCGAAGGAGUUGUGCUCCCCUGUUACUGAACAAUGCUUUGAAUUCUUAUUUUUGGUAUCCAAUGCUCAUAAUGAUGGAAUUUCAAGAUUGUAUGAAUCUGGAGGCAUUCCUGUUAUAGCUUCUCAGAUGUCUACUCUACCUGAUGGUUCUACAUCUGUAGAGUUUGCCAUGAGACUUGUUCAGUUGAUGAUAAGUAAGCUGUCUCUGGACACCAUCAAUAGUGAAUAUUCAUCAGAACUGGCAUUGAUGGUGACAUCAAUAGCCAAACAAUUUGCUGUGUUGCACAAUGCUUUGAAAUUUGAAGCUCUCCAUCUACUAGCUGCCAUCCUUUCCUCACAGUACUCUGGACCUUUGCUUGAUGUUCUCCGUUCAAUGCAGGAUAAUAUGUGGUCAACUUUUGUACGUGUUGGUGUUGUGGCAAUAUUGCAGAAUCGUGUUGCACCUGCUGAAAAGCUACAGGCUCUUGUCUUGGCAGAGUUUGCUAUAUCCAUUGUUGGUGAGGGAUGGCUCAUUGGUCAGAUGACCUUGUCUGAUACAGAAAAUCCUAUUCCAGAAGACAGGUGUAUAUUGCUUGUGUUGGAGACAUCAAGAGUUGAAGUUGCAGUCCUUCUGAAUGAUCUUGCCUACUUGAAAUAUGAAGCUCCUUCAAGUUCUUCAAAUUCUGAAUCAAUCCUUUUAAAACAACGAGACAUAGCUGUUGCUUUCUCUUUGGUUGAGAGGAUAAUUAAAUUGAUCUCAAACAUUGAAGGAGACGAAGGAACUGUUAUAAGUGAAAGCACUUUCACCAAGGUGAUCUCUGGGCUCAAUGAGACAAUUGGUGUGGUCCUAGAGUAUUUACAAGAUGCGAAGGACCAUGGACAAACAAGAGGAGAUGAUCUUCUCGCAUCAGUGCGUGUUGUUGGAAGCUAUCUUGCAGAAACACCUCUUGCUUGCAGGGAGAAGGUUGGGGAACUUUUAGGGUAUAUGCUCUCCAUCACAGGGAAAGAUGAGCCAAGCCCCUUCUACUCUGUAUGCUUUUUGCUUCCGAUGCUUUGCCAGACAACAAUGGAAGUUUCUGGCUGUAAGGUUUUAGUGUCUUCAGGAGCUUACAAAGCUGUUGUAGACUGCUUGAUUAAAUUGAUAGGUCCCAAUGGUGGUGAAUUUUGUGAUAAUGCCUCUAUAUUUUUGGCUUGUGAUACAGUCAUGAAUUUUCUUUUGAAGAGUGAAGAAAUCAAUGUUCCAUUAGAUGGUGAUUAUUUUGUUCAUCUGUUGGGAGCAUUGUCAUAUUGGGCAGCAUGCUUUUCAGGGGAUGCCGAUGACUUGUCAGUUGUAAUGAUGGCUGCAAGCAUUUGUGCGCUGAUUUUUGACUCAUAUUCUGAGGAGACACUUCUACAACAUCCGAGCUUUAACCAGAGUAAACUAAUUAGUCUGUCACGACUCAUAGUGAGAAGUUUGGUUUUUUGUGGGCAGGACAUGAUGUCUGAUGAUGCUAAAGCAGAAGCAGAUCUUCAUCAGAUUAUUACCUCAGGAUAUACUCGUUGGGCUGAUCGAUUUCCCAGUAUUAGAGAGGCUGUGGAGAGAUGAGGAUUGAUCCAUGACAUUAUGCAUUCACCUUGGCAUGAUGAGCCCGUCUUUGAGGAAGAGGCCAUAGCAUCUUGCGCAAUGCAAAUCUUUUUCUGUAAGAUGUGUGCACAUGGCCUUCACAAACUAUUUAUUUAGCAAAAGCAUUCUCGGCUGUACAGUUUUGAUAGAUUAUUGUUCCUAUGAUGUUUCAAUGUGUGAAGCUAAGAUCUAGAUUGUUGCAAGUAUCUUGUAAAUUACAGGACGAAAUGUCAACUAAAUGUGAUAAAAAUUUCAUGUUUGUGCUAACAACAACAGAUCUGGUGGCAAAGCUCCGAUUGGUUUUGGACUUUUGGUUAUGGGCUUCCAUAGCUUUGCCUUUCCGAUUGGUGAAUCUUGUGGAAAAGAGAGCACAAAGGUUGAUUAAUUGUGAAAAAUUGCUGGAUUUUGUUGCCAAGGCAGCACAAACUUUUUGUGGAUGUUCCUCCUAAGAGAGAAUGGACAUCUAAUUUUGUUAGUUUCUCCAAUCAAUUAAAGAUUAUGUGGAUGGGAAACUUGUG